AAAUAAAUUGGAAGGACAAGAAGAGAUAGAGGAGGGAAACAACCCUCGAACAGGAUGUGGGCCUCUGCAGCUCCUGCUGCUCUCGUUGCGACGCGAUUCCUACGGCCAAGAGAGAGCUGUUGCCGCUGCUGUGCCGACUCUUCAUCUGCCUCCAAUUCUAUCCACGCCGCCAGCCGGAAGAAGGUGGUCGUUGUCGGCGCCGGUUGGGCCGGUCUCGCCUCGGCCCAUCACCUCUGCAAGCAGGGCUUCGAAGUCACCCUCCUCGAAUCCGGGAACAGCCCUGCUGAAGAAAUCGGCGUUAAAGGAUUUUGGCGUCCAUAUCGUAACCUUUUUUCUGCAAUUGAUGAACUUGGACUCCAGCCUUUUACCAAGUGGACCAGUUCAGCGCUUUACUCUCAAGAAGGAAUGGAGGUCAAGUUUCCUAUAUUUAAGGAUCUUACACAAUUGCCAACGCCUCUUGGAGCACUCUUAUAUCCAGAAUUUGUCAAUCUUCCAUUGGUAGAUCGGUUAGCUUCUGUCCCUCUUAUAUCAGCAGUUAUCGAUUUUGACAACACUGAUACUGCUUGGAGAAAAUAUGACAAAAUGACUUCAAGGGAACUCUUUAAACAAUAUGGGUGUUCAGAAAGUCUUUUUCAAAAGGUCUUUGAACCCAUGCUUCAUGUGGGUUUAUUUGCACCAGCAGAGCAAUGUAGUGCAGCAGCAACCUUAGCAAUGCUAUAUUACUAUAUUCUUUCUCAUCAGCAAAAUUUCGAUGCAGUAUGGUGUCGUGGAACCAUUCAAGAAAAGAUUUUCUUGCCAUGGCUCGAGUCCAUGAGAUUAGAAGGCUUAAAAUUUUGUGAAAACAAAAGCGUGACAGAGUUUAUUGUAGAUGAAGAUACUGGUUGUGUUUCAGGACUAGUAUGUGGAGAAGAAAUAUAUAAAGCUGAUGCAAUAAUUCUAGCUGUUGGUAUCUCCACUCUUCAGUCCACUAUACGCAGCAGUUCUGUGCUACAAUCACGACAGGAAUUCCUGGGUGUUCUUAACCUUGCCACUGUGGAUGUGGUCUCUGUUAAAUUAUGGUUUGAUAGGAAGGUCAAAAUUCCAAAUGCAGCCAACAUUUGCUCUGGCUUUGAUGAUUUAAUUAGCUGGACUUUGCUAGAUUUGAAUUCAAUAUAUGAUGAAUAUCAAGAUGAGCAAGCAACAGUUUUGGAAGUCGAAAUUUAUUGUGCCACUCAGCUGUUGGCAUUAAAAGAUGAGCAAAUAGUUGCAAAAGUGGUGGCAUAUCUCUCUGAUUGCAUCAAAGAUUUCAAAGAGGCCAUUGUGGUGCAGCAAAAUAUAGUCAAACAUGCCAAAUCUGCAACUCACUUCUUUCCAGGUUCUUAUAAACAUAUGAUGCGCAGCUCAACUACAUUCCCUAACUUGUUUGUGGCUGGAGACUGGAUACUCAACCGACAUGGAUCAUGGUCUAAGGAGAAAGCUUAUGUGACGGGACUUGAAGUUGCAAACAGAGUGGUGGACUAUCUCGGAGAGGGAGAAUUUGCCAAAAUAAUAGCAGUUGAAGAAGAUGAAGCUCAUUUUGAUGCAUUAAGAAGCCUCAAUAGAAGAUUUGUUGAGAUAAGAUCCCAGCUUCCAGUGUUUGAAUACUUCCUCUAAAAGAAUUGUUCCAAGUCUUCUUUUUUUAUGAAAUCCAUUUUACAAAUAAUGGGGGGAAAAAAGUUUUGUUUUCUAAGCAGCUUCCUCUACUUGUGUCUUUAUUUAAUAUUAUAGUUUUACAGUUUACAAACUCUACCAUAUGAAAAAUUAACUUGUUACAAAUAUAUUUAUUUCUAAGGUCAUUAGGAAUUGAGUUAACAAAUCUGUUGUUGGUCAUUGGAGCUAAUAAAUAAUGUAGUAAUUUUAUUAGAUUGCAUAUUCUUUGUGAUGAAGUGACAAUAAAUCUAAUAAAAUCUUAUUUGUUUUA